CCGCCAACCACAAGGCAGCUUGAAUUCACCAAAACGUUCAUUAAACCCCCGCCGCUGCCACAACCUCUCCACUCCACCACAACAACAACGACAACUGCUGCGGACAGGAAUCAUGUCGCUCUUCCGCACUACAUCCUCGAGGUUUCUCCUCGCCGCUCGCCUGCCGAUCGUCCGAGCUCCCAUCGUCGCAAUCCGGCACAAGACCACCAGCACCGACAACACGACAGAUGUCGCGCCGCGACGUACGACCGCCGCCCCCUCCGCUGACGCCGAGCCUAGCGAGUUGACCAACGCCGGUGCCUCCGUCCCCUGGGCCGCAUCGCAGACCCCCAUCGACUCUGCCACCGGCGCGUACUCGCCCAUUCCCUCGUUCCCGGAGGAUCGCGGUCCAGACGAUGUCCUCGCCGCGAGCGUCAUCUCCGGUGCCCCCGUUGAGCUCCAGUCCAGAACAGUCCGCAUCUACAAGCCUGCCAAGACGGCCACACAGUCCGGCAACUGGAAAGGGAGGCAGUGGAAGAUGGAUUGGGAUGUUCUCACCCGUGGUCACCGAUGGGAGAACCCUCUGAUGGGCUGGCAGUCGACUGGUGAUGCUAUGCAUGCAACUGACAUGUUCUUCAAGAGCAAGGAGGAUGCUAUUCACUUUGCUGAGAAGCAGGGCUAUGAUUGGUUCGUUCAGGAGCCCAACGUCAGAGAGUUCAGGUCGAAGUCAUACGCUGCCAACUUCGUGCACUCGCCGUCGAAGUUGAAGGUCAUCCGGACUAAAUAGAUCACCUCAGUCUUUUCUUUUACUUGUGGGGGGCUCUAGAAGUUACCCAUUUAGUAGAACGUAUAUAAUAAACCCAAUAUGCGG